GAAGGAUAACGAAAAAUGUUACGGUAAAAAAGAGGUUAAAAUUGCAAACAGCUGAUCGGCGAUCGGCUUUUGGACUGAUGGUGUUCGGUUAGAAUAUAAAUAAUGAAUGUUAUAACGGGAGCAAAUCGUUUAAAAUUUAAUAAUUGCAGUAUUAUAACGUCGUUGUGGCGAUUUUAUGCUUCUGGAAGUGCAGAAAACAUAGAAGAGCUAGUAAAGAAGAAUAAAGUUGUUGUUUUCAUGAAAGGUGUCCCAGAAGAACCAAGAUGUGGAUUUAGCAAUGCUGUAGUCCAAAUAUUUAGAAUGCACGGUGUAACGUACGACGCUCAUGAUGUUCUUAAAGACGAAGAAUUACGGCAAGGAAUAAAGGCAUACUCAAAUUGGCCAACCAUACCCCAGGUUUUCAUCGGGGGUGAAUUUAUAGGAGGUUGCGACAUCAUGUUGCAAAUGCACCAGAAUGGGGAGUUGGUAGAAGAACUUCGUAAAGCAGGCAUCAAGUCAGCUUUGUUAGAUAAAGAGCAGCAGAUGUCUAAGACUGAAGACACAAAAUAAUAUACCAUUACAGUGGAAGAUUAACAGUUAGCAGAGAAGCUGUAUUGGUUUACUUAUUUUAAAGUACAAAACUGAAGUGCAUGAAUGUUGUGUGUUAUUUGUUUCUUGUAAAUAAAGCAAUUCAUAUAUUUCAGUCA